CCGGCUCAUACACGUGCAGUAGAGAGCUAUACUUUGAAUUAAACAAGUAGUUCAAACAGUCGGCUUAAAUGGGCAUUUAAACAGCAAGGCUGACAUCUCUUUCGCUUUCCGGACAGCUGAUCGACCGACCGUGCAACUCUGGAAACUGGAAAAAUGGAAAGCGGCUUGUCGGUUUCUGACAGUGAUGUCUUCACGUUCACUCCUCUGGUGGUACUGGAGCUGGCUGAUGACACUAAAACAGAGGCCAUGACAUGGUUACUAAACAGGAUCAGAGACAAGCAGCAGAGUGGAGGAGCUGAGUUGUUGGUGGAGCAGCUCUUGUUUCCAGCUCAGGACGGUCAGAAGUGUAAUCCAAAUGUCUUUGUGGUGGGCUCCACGUUACAGAGACUCUUAAAUGGGGCUGAAGAUGUAGGGAUGUUUAAAGAGUUUCAAGAUGGAAUAAUGCGAGGAUUCACCUAUGCCAAUAGAGAAAGCUUUAAGGACUUUCUAGGAGAUGGUGAUGGAUUUCUCAGUAUUGCAGAGUGUCAAUACAUUAUCAAACAUGAGCUGGACACACUUAGAGCUAAGAGUGAAGAGCAUGUUCCAGGAUAUCCUAAACUAAAACUCUACCCUGGAAAAUCAGUCGUGCGAAGAUUGCAGUCCAAAGGCAUCUUAGUCCAGUAUUUCCCUCUCCAUGACAAAGAAGAGCUGAAGAGACUAUCAUUCUCUUGGUACAAAAAGAUCAAAUUGUCCCUCCAGCCACUUGAUGACAUCAGACAUUACUUUGGGGAGGGUCUGGCUCUCUACUUUGGAUUCCUGGAGUAUUUUACAUUUGCCUUGGUACCCAUGGCCCUUAUUGGGAUCCCUUACUACCUCUUUGACUGGGAGGACUAUGAUAAGUAUGUACUGUUUGCUGUCUUCAACCUGGUUUGGUCUACGGUUUUCCUGGAAGCGUGGAAGAGAUGCAGCGCUACAUUAGCAUACGAGUGGGGGACGUUGAGCCGUAAGAAAGCGUUUGAAGAACCCAGGCCUGGAUUCCAUGGAGCUCUGGGGUUUAAUCCAGUCACGGGCCGAGAGGAACCGGUCUACCCCAGCUCCAGGCGUCAGUUGAGGAUAUAUUUGGUGUCCGUUCCAUUCGUACUGCUGUGCCUGUAUCUUUCCUUUUAUGUGAUGAUGGUCUACUUCGACAUGGAGAACUGGGCCAUAGGUAUAUACGAUGAAAACCCAAACUUUGCGACCAGUAUUCUGCUGUUCGUUCCCAGUAUCAUCUACGCUGUUGUUAUCGAGAUCAUGAACCUAUUGUAUCGCUAUGCAGCGGAAUUUCUCACAAACUGGGAAAACCACCGACUUGAGUCUUCGUUUCAAAAUCAUCUCGUGCUCAAAGUUUUGGUGUUUAACUUCGUAAACUGCUUUGCCUCUCUUUUCUAUAUUGCUUUCGUCAUGCAAGACAUGGUGCUUCUGAGACAGAGUCUGGCCACCCUGCUCAUCACCUCUCAAAUCCUGAACCAAGUGAUGGAGGCCUUCCUGCCAUACUGGCUGCAGAGGAGGAGGAACAAGAAGGUUCAUAAGAGGAUGAGGAGGCUUAUGGGUGAUAAAGAGCUCCCCCUGCUGGAACAAGUUCAGCUGGAGACUGACAUGAACACAUAUCUGGGAACAUUUGAUGAUUACCUUGAGCAGUUUCUGCUGUUUGGAUAUGUGAGUCUGUUCUCCUGUGUUUACCCGCUGGCUGCUGUGCUGUUGGUGCUGAAUAACAUCACUGAGGUUUAUUCUGACGCCUUCAAGAUGUGCCACGUCUUCAAGCGCCCCUUCACUGAACCAGCCUCAGACAUCGGAGUAUGGCAGCUGGCGUUCGAGACAAUGAGCAUCAUUGCCGUGGUGACCAACUGUGCCUUAAUUGGUUUGUCCCCACAAGUCAAAGAGUACUUCCCUGAAUCAGAGACUCAGCUGAUCCUCAUUGUGGUGGCUGUAGAGCAUGUUCUCCUGGCCCUCAAAUUCAUCUUGGCAUUCGUCAUUCCAGAUGUUCCGAAACGUAUCCAAAUCAAACUCGCCAAGCUGGAGUUUGAGUCCCUAGAAGCACUUAAGAAAAGGAAAAUGCUGGAAGUCGCGGAGAUCUGAAAUACUAAUAAGUGACAUGCGAUGACAACAGAAGAGGUGAAAAACAUGAAAGUACAGGACAUUAAUUAAGGUGUGCACAGAAUGUACACCAUAAAUUAUUACAUUUAAAUGACUUUAAAUAUGCACUCCUUGCCAUGUUAUUUGCAAAAAUGGCUAAUACUAAUUCUGAAUAUGACACUUUGUUUUUUAAUUAUUAUUAUCUUUUUCUGGUAUUGAAGCAUGCCCAUAUUAUUUCAUGAUUUAUUUUACUCAUUAUAACGGUUACUGACACAAUGAGAGAUGGGUUGGGAAUGGGUAUCCAAUCGGUGGAUUGUUUGAGGUCAAGUGACCAGAUUGAAUUUGGUUCUUUUUCAAAAUAUUAUUGCUGUCUGAAUGUCUGAAGCUGUCUAAAAUACUGUCUGUAAAGAAUGUUGUUGAAAAGUUAUUUAUCUUUGGGCCUGAAAUACAAAACACAAAGACAUUUUGUGUGUGUGUCCAUACACGGAAAUGCUUUGUUGAUGAGAGGUCAACGGAGAAUGGCCAGACUUGUUCUAACUGACAGUUAUUUAUAUAUAUAUAUAUAUAUAUAUAUAUAUAUCGAUCAGCCACAACAUUAAAACCACCUGGCUAAUAUUGUGUAGGUCCCCCUCUUGCCACCAAAACUGCACCAACCCGCAUCUCAGUAUACCAUUCUGAGAUGAUAUUCUUCCCAGCACAAUUGUACAGAGCAGUUAUCCGAGUUAUCGUAGACUGUCAGUUAGAACAAGUCUGGCCAUUCUCCGUUGACCUCAUCAACAAAGCAUUUCCGUACACAAAACUGCCGCUCACUGGAUAUUUUUAGUUUUUGGCACCAUUCAGAGUAAAGGGCCAGUUUGAGUGUUUCUGUAACUGCUGAUCUCCUGGGAUUUUAACACACAACAGUCUUUAGAAUUUACUCCGAAUGGUGCCAAAAACAAAAAACAUCCAGUGAGCGGCAGUUCUUUGGAUGUAAACGCCUUGUUGAUGGACUGGUUAGAACUGACAGUCUACAGUAACUCGGAUAACCACUCUGUACAAUUGUGAUGAGAAGAAUAGCAUCUCAAAAUGGUAUUAUGAGAUGUGGGUUUGCAUGGUUUUGGCAGCAUGAGGGGGACCUACACAAUAUUAUGCAGGUGGUUUUAAUGUUGUGGCAGAUCGGUGUGUGUGUGUGUGUGUAUAUAUAUAUAUUUAUAUUUUUUUUUGGACAAAAUGAAACUGGUUCCAAAGAUUUAGCAGUGCCUUUUAAAUUCACUGUAUUUACAUGUUAUGCCUUUUGUUUACUGAUCUCAUGUUCACCCAAUGCUGUACUUAAAGAUAAGCAUAUUCAACGUUCUCUGCCUGGAAAUAAAAUCUUUAAAUAUAACAAUAACCUGUGUUUCUUGUAUUUGCCACAUCUUCCAGAGAUGGAAAUGUUUGAUUACGACUUUGA